CCAUGUCCGACCCCGCGGUCAACGCGCAGCUGGACGGGAUCAUCUCGGACUUCGAAGCCUUGAAAAGGUCUUUUGAGGUUGAGGAGGUCGAGACGCCCAACUCCACGCCACCCCGGAGGGUGCAGCCGCCCCUCCUGCGAGCCACAGUGGCCAGCUCCACCCAGAAGUUCCAGGACCUGGGGGUGAAGGGCGUGGAGCCGGCCCGCCAUGUAGACUCCUUCAGCCAGCGCUCCCCCAAAGCUUCCCUGCGGCGGGUUGAGCUCCCGGGGUCCAAGGCAGCCGAGCCCGUGUCACGGCGCACCGAGCUCUCCAUUGACAUCUCAUCCAAGCAGGUGGAGACCGCCAGCACCCCGGGGCCGGCCCGCUUUGGGCUCAAGCGGGCCGAGGCGCUGGGUCACAAGACGCCCGAGCCAACCCCUCGGAGGACGGAGAUCACCCUAGUCAAGCCCCAGGAGGCAGCCCACCGGCGCAUGGAGCCCCCCGCCUCCAAGGCCCCCGAGGUGCCUGCCGCCCCCGCCGCCGAUGCUGCCCCCAAGAGGGUGGAGAUCCAGGUGCCCAAGCCGGCAGAGGUGCCCACUGCCCCCACGCCCCCCCAGACCCUGGAGAAUUCGGAACCCAGCCCAGGCUGUCAGCUGCAGAGCCGCCUGGAGCCCAGGCCCCAGCCCACCGUGGCCGAGGGCCUGCCCCGGAGCCAGGAGGAUCUCAGCCACAGUGGAUUGGCAGAUCAUUAUGAAAGUCCCCACUGGGGACAGCAGCCCACUUACAGAAGCGAAGCCAACUGCAGCUGGGAUAAAGUGAUAGUAGACAGGACUGACAAGGAGGCGGGGCCUUCCAUCACAGGAGCCGAGACGGAAUCUGCCUCAGAAUGUACUACAGACACUGACUCUGCCUCCAACUGUGGCUCGGAGAACAGUAGCAUGGCUACAGGGAGUGCCCAGGGCAACUUCACUGGACCGACAAAGAAGACAAAUGGCAAUAAUGGCACCAACGGCGCACUCGUCCAAAGCACUUCGAAUCAGAGUGCCCUUGGAGCAGGCGGAGCAAACAGUAAUGGAAAUUCAGCCCGAGUGUGGGGUGUAGCCACAGGCUCCAGCUCUGGCCUCGCUCACUGCUCCAUCAGUGGUGGGGAUGGAAAAAUGGACAACAUGAUUGGAGAUGGUAGAAGUCAGAAUUGCUGGGGUGCUUCCAACUCCAAUGCUGGCAUUAAUCUUAACCUUAACCCUAAUGCCAACCCAGCUGCCUGGCCUGUACUUGGACAUGAAGGAACUGUGGCAACAGGCAACCCUUCCAGUAUUUGCAGUCCAGUCAGUGCCAUAGGUCAAAACCAGAAUGGGAACCCAACAGGCACUUUAGGUGCUUGGGGAAAUUUGCUGCCGCAGGAGAGCACAGACCCACAAACGUCCACUUCUCAGAAUGUGUCUUUCAGCGUACAACCUCAGAACCUUAACACUGAUGGACCAAAUAACACUAACCCCAUGAACUCUUCACCAAACCCUAUCAAUGCAAUGCAGACAAAUGGACUGCCGAACUGGGGGAUGGCUGUUGGUAUGGGGGCCAUCAUCCCGCCCCACCUGCAAGGCCUUCCUGGUGCUAAUGGAUCAUCAGUUUCUCAAGUCAGUGGGGGUGGUGGUGAAGGAAUAAGUAAUUCUGUGUGGGGACUGUCCCCAGGUAACCCUGCCACAGGAAAUAGCAAUUCUGGGUUCAAUCAGGGGAAUGGAGACACUGUGAACUCAGCAUUAAGUGCUAAACAAAAUGGAUCCAGCAGUGCUGUGCAGAAGGAAGGGAAUGGAGGAAAUGCUUGGGAUUCGGGACCGCCUGCUGGUCCUGGAAUACUAGCUUGGGGCAGGGGCAGUGGCAACAGUGGCGUUGGUAAUAUCCAUUCGGGAGCUUGGGGCCACCCCAGCCGCAGCACCUCCAAUGGUGUGAAUGGGGAAUGGGGAAAGCCCCCAAACCAGCAUUCCAGUAGUGACAUCAAUGGGAAAGGAUCAACAGGGUGGGACAGUCCUAGUGUUAGCAGCCAGAAUCCUGCCAUGCAGCCUGGCAGUGAACAGAUGAACUCCUGGGCCAAAGCUGCAUCUUCCGGAACUGCCACAAGUGAAGGAAGCAGUGACACUUCUGGCCAUCACAAUGAAGGAAGCACUGGGAGGGAAGGAGCCGGAGAAGGCCGCAGGCGAGAUAAAGGGGUUGUAGACCAAGGGCACAUCCAGUUGCCAAGGAACGAUCUUGACCCAAGAGUCCUGUCUAACACUGGUUGGGGACAGACUCCUGUAAAGCAAAACACUGCCUGGGAAUUUGAAGAAUCCCCUAGGUCUGAGAGGAAAAAUGACAAUGGGACAGAGGCCUGGGGUUGUGCAGCUACUCAGCCUUCAAACUCAGGGGGCAAGAACGAUGGGUCCAUCAUGAACAGUACAAAUACCUCUUCAGUAUCUGGGUGGGUCAGCUCACCCCCUGCUGCUGUGCCAGCAAACACAGGUUGGGGAGACAGCAACAACAAAGCGCCAAACGGCCCAGGGGUUUGGGGGGACUCGAUAAGCUCUACUGCUGUUAAUAAUGCUGCUGCCGCCAAGAGUGGCCACGCUUGGAGUGGGACCGUCAGUCAGGAGGACAAGUCACCCACCUGGGGUGAGCCUCAGAAACCCAAAUCUCAGAACUGGGGAGAUGGACAGAAAUCCAGUCCAGCCUGGAGUGCAGGAGGGGGUGACUGGGCAGACUCGGCGUCUGUCCUCGGACACCUCGGGGAUGGGAAGAAAAAUGGGUCUGGCUGGGAUGCUGACAACAAUAGAUCAGGGUCGGGUUGGAACGAUGCUACGAGGUCUGGGACCAGCGGAUGGGGCAAUGGCACAAAUGCAAAGGUUAAUCCAGGUACAAACUGGGGGGAGUCUUUAAAGCCUAGCCCCCAGCAGAACUGGGCUAACAAACCCCAAGACAUCAAUGUGAGUAACUGGGGAGGAGCUGCUUCUGUUAAACAGACAGGAACAGGGUGGAUUGGGGGGCCAGUGCCAGUCAAGCAGAAGGAUAGCAGUGAGGCCACUGGCUGGGAAGAACCUUCUCCACCCUCCAUUCGACGCAAAAUGGAAAUUGAUGAUGGUACCUCAGCUUGGGGCGACCCAAGCAAUUACAACAAUAAAACUGUAAACAUGUGGGACAGAAACAACCCGGUCAUCCAGAGCAGUACCAGCACCAGUACCACCACCACCACCACCGCCAGUAACAACCCAAACAUGGUGGAGACACCCCCAUCGCACCAGGCUAGCACUCAGCUUAACCGAUCGCCACUGCUUGGCUCAGUUUCAUCGGGCUGGGGAGAAAUGCCUGAUGUUCAUUCAAAGGCCGAAAAGUCUUGGGGAGAGCCGUCCUCCCCUUCUACCCUGGUGGACAACGGCACGGCAGCGUGGGGGAAGCCCCCCAGCAGUGGCAGCGGAUGGGGUGACCACCCUGCUGAGCCGGCGGUGACCUUUGGAAGAGCUGGUGCCCCCACUGCUGCCCCAGCCCUGUGCAAACCAGCUUCAAAAUCUAUGCAAGAAGGCUGGGGCAGCGGUGGGGAUGAAGUGAACCUCAGCACCAGUCAGUGGGAAGAUGAAGAAGGAGACAUGUGGAAUAACGCUGCUUCCCAAGACAGCACCUCCUCCUGCAGCUCCUGGGGCAAUGCCCCCAAAAAAGGACUUCCAAAGGGCAUGAAGACGGCCGGCAAGCAGGAUGAAGCCUGGAUCCUGACGCGGCUCAUCAAACAACUCACCGACAUGGGCUUCCCGAGAGAACCAGCUGAAGAGGCCUUGAAGAGUAACAACAUGAAUCUCGAUCAGGCCAUGAGCGCUCUGCUGGAAAAGAAGGUGGACGUGGACAAGCGUGGGCUGGGGGUGACCGACCAUAACGGAAUGGUCACCAAGCCCCUCGGCUGCCGCCCACCAAUCUCCAAAGAGUCUUCCGUGGACCGCCCCACCUUUCUUGACAAGGACGGCGGCCUCGUGGAAGAGCCCACUCCUUCACCAUUUUUGCCUUCACCAAGCCUGAAGCUCCCCCUUUCAAACAGCGCACUCCCCGGUCAGACCCUGGGUGGGAUUGCCUCAGGGCUGGGCGUGCAAAACUUGAAUUCUUCUCGACAGAUACCGAGUGGCAAUCUGGGUAUGUUUGGCAAUAGCGGAGCAGCACAAGCCAGGACCAUGCAACAGCCGCAGCCGCCGCCAGCGCAGCCUCUCAGCUCCUCCCAGCCCAGUCUCCGUGCUCAAGUGCCUCAGUUUCUAUCCCCUCAGGUUCAAGCACAGCUUUUGCAGUUUGCAGCAAAAAACAUUGGUCUCAACCCUGCACUAUUGACCUCGCCAAUUAAUCCUCAGCAUAUGACGAUGUUGAACCAGCUCUAUCAGCUGCAGCUGGCGUACCAACGUUUACAGAUCCAGCAGCAGAUGUUACAGGCCCAGCGGAAUGUUUCCGGACCCAUGAGGCAGCAGGAGCAGCAAGUUGCGCGCACAAUCACUAACCUGCAGCAGCAGAUCCAGCAGCACCAGCGCCAGCUGGCCCAGGCCCUGCUCGUGAAGCAGCCCCCGCCACCGCCGCACCUGUCUCUGCACCCCUCUGCAGGCAAAUCGGCCAUGGACAGCUUCUCCCCACAUCCCCAGGCUCCCGGCCUCCCCGACCUGCAGACCAAAGAGCAGCAGUCUUCGCCCAGCACCUUCACUCCCUACCCUCUAGCCGGACUGAACCCAAACAUGAAUGUAAACAGCAUGGACAUCACGGGUGGCUUGUCGGUGAAGGACCCCUCGCAGUCCCAGUCACGCCUGCCUCAGUGGACUCACCCCAACUCCGUGGAUAACUUACCCAGUGCUGCUUCUCCUCUGGAUCAGAACCCUAGCAAGCAUGGUGCUAUCCCUGGAGGCCUAAGCAUCGGGCCUCCAGCUAAGUCCUCCAUCGACGACUCCUACGGCCGGUACGAUUUAAUCCAGAACAGUGAGUCACCAGCCAGUCCUCCUGUAGCUGUUCCCCACAGCUGGUCACGUGCCAAAUCUGACAGUGAUAAAAUCUCAAACGGCUCCAGCAUUAAUUGGCCCCCAGAAUUUCAUCCUGGAGUACCGUGGAAAGGACUUCAGAACAUCGAUCCCGAGAACGACCCUGAUGUCACUCCGGGCAGUGUCCCCACGGGGCCUACAAUUAACACCACCAUACAGGACGUUAACCGCUACCUCCUCAAAAGUGGAGGUAAGCUGUCAGACAUCAAGUCCACGUGGUCCGCCGGCCCAGCCUCCCACACCCAAGCCUCCCUGUCUCACGAACUGUGGAAGGUGCCCAGAAACACUACUGCGCCCACACGGCCGCCUCCAGGCUUAGCCAACCCCAAGCCUUCCUCCACCUGGGGAGCCAGCCCCCUCGGCUGGACCAGCUCCUACUCCUCGGGUUCCGCUUGGAGUACUGACACCUCAGGAAGGACCAGCAGCUGGCUCGUUCUUCGAAACCUCACGCCCCAGAUCGACGGCUCCACGCUGCGGACGCUGUGCCUGCAGCACGGCCCCCUCAUCACAUUCCACCUGAACCUGACACAGGGGAACGCCGUGGUCCGCUACAGCUCCAAGGAGGAGGCCGCCAAGGCCCAGAAGUCCCUACAUAUGUGUGUGCUGGGGAACACCACCAUCCUGGCCGAGUUCGCUGGCGAGGAAGAAGUGAACCGCUUCUUAGCGCAGGGCCAAGCACUGCCCCCCACCUCCAGCUGGCAGUCCAGCUCGGGGACCAGCCAGACGCGGCUGGGCGCCUCGGGCAGUGCUCACGGCCUGGUGCGCAGCGACGCCGGCCACUGGAGCACCCCAUGCCUGGGCGGCAAAGGGAGCAGCGACCUGCUGUGGGGCGGGGUGCCCCAGUACUCGAGCAGCCUGUGGGGCCCCCCAAGCGCCGACGACGGCAGGGUGAUUGGCAGCCCCACCCCACUCAACACCCUGCUUCCUGGCGACCUCCUCAGCGGGGAGUCCAUCUAGGCCCUCGAGCCGGAGCCAUAAUCAUCAGCACUCUGAAGAGGACGCACGGCCCUUUCCAGUCCCAGCGUCGCCCAGGACCCACUUGACCCAAGCCGCCCGGAAGCCCUUCGAGUACCUCCACUCAGUCCCCAGGCCGGACCUUUGCCGCAGCCCCUGCGAACUGUUCCCGAGACAGUGCCGGCUGCAUUGGUCAGUGUCGCGUGCUAACGACAGGAGUCUUUUCCUAGCCUUUUCGUUUGCGUUGUCCUGCGUCUGUGUGGCGUGUCGUCAUUUUGGUUGUGUAUGUACAAAGCUGCUUAGGGUAGUUGUAUCAUGAAGGGCACUUUUCAGAUUGUGGGCUGGAAAGGGUUAUUUUAUCAAGUGGGGGGGAGACGGGAAAGCCUAUUUAAGAUGAGCCUGUGACGAUUAUGCACAUUACCAGAGGCGGCCCAGUAAUCAGGGGUGGAGUCGGUGUUGAUCGCUGGUACCGAGGGCAGCGCGGCCGCGGCCCGGCCACAGUGGACCGGUGGACGGACGGACGGACGGACGGACGGACAGAGACAGGCGGAGCGGUCCGCGAUCUGUUCUCUAUCCCCAUGGAUCCGCCUAUGCACAUUACCCUUGUUUCAUUACUUUUUCAUGUCUUUUUUUUUUAAAUCCCAAAAAAAAUAUUUUUUAAAAUUAAAAAAAAAAAAA